AUGAAACAGUUUAUACGACAUGGCGGCAAGAAUCAAUUGUUCUGCCAAUGUGGACGCUAUUAUCAUACGGAGAGUCGCUUGCGGUUGCAUCAACAGGAUGAAUGCGAGGACUUGAGGCGCUAUCAAUGCGACAUUUGCCUCAAAUGGUUCAAGCGUCGCUCCCAUGUGAAUCGCCACAAGAAGCUGCACACGAACUCAAAGCAAUGGCAAAACAAUAAAACCAAUCCAGCUCCAACCACAAGAAAAACAAAAGCCAAAAAGAGCCGCACUUCGAGUGUGUCGAGUGCAUUCGAUCCCAUGGAUUUGAAUCCCACCAAUCUGCGACAAUUGGCCUCCAUAUCGACAGCCCGUUCGUUGCAACAUCUCGUGCCACACUUGCCACAGAAUCUGCACAUCGAUACGAGCAGCCUGGUGCCGGGUCGCAAGUUGCCCCGUCAGAGCUCCAAGAGAACGCCGCCAUACGAAUCGAAUCGUUGUCCACUCUGCGCUCGCGUCUAUCGCUCUCAGGCUUUCCUCAAUGAGCAUAUGCGGAAGGAGCACUCGGUCUUGAUAUAG